AUGUCGGCGCUACAUGACCUCAAAUGGGAAAUCCAGCGAGGCCUUCAUCUGCUGACCAGUGCACACAGCAAAGAUAUUCUCUACAAGCUGGCAGAGUCGUUACAAGAUGAGGUGGAAGGAGAAACGCCAGGUGCAGAAUCGACCGAAGUGGAACUCUUCGAUUUCAUUGUUGACUAUAUGAGAAGUCCGCAACUGAAGAUCCUCGAGGACCAGGGGAUGUCUCACCUGCUCGCCCUCCACGACCUCAUCACAGAACUACAAUUGCCAUCCGCUGGUGGGGAAGAAGAUGCUCAAGUAUUUGAAGUCAUCAUCAUCAUCAGUGGCCGCUGA